GAAUGGUCAAAAGCCGAAGCGAUAUGUGUAUUUCUCAAGGCUUUUGAAGAAGCCACAAAUCUUGUAUCGGUUGACCGAAAACCAACUUCGCACAAAUUCUUACCAUUAGUGCUUUCUAUUCGAUAUGCUUUGAAUGAUCCAGCUUGGCAAAAUAGUGAAGUUUUGGUAGAUUUGGCUGCUGCAAUGAAGGUUAAAUUUGUGAAAUAUUGGGAGCCUAAACCAGUGCCUAAUGAGUCUAGCCUCCGGAGAAGGAAAGAGUACGAUUUUAACAUUGUAAUUGUCAUUGCAACUAUCUUAGAUCCAAGAAGAAAGUUUGAUUAUGUGGAAUUCUUUUAUGAGAAAGUAUGCAGCAGUUUCGAUCAAGCUGAUAAAUGUACAAAAUCAGCACAAGAUUGGCUGAAGAAGUACUUCAAUGAGUAUGAACGACUUGCAAGGAGUGAUGGCUCAGCAUUUGUGUCAAGUUCAAGUGGAAGCACCUAUACUGUUGGUUCACCUGUGCUUGGGAAAAGAGUACUAGAAGAAGAAUUUUCUGAUUUCAAAUCUCGUCGUCGAGUUGUUCGUAGGCCAAAAUCUGAGAUUGACACAUAUUUGGAAGAGGAUCCUGUCGAGGAUAGUAAAAGAUUUGAUGUGUUGGGUUGGUGGAAGGCUCGUGCUGAUCAGUUUCCUGUCUUAUCAAAGAUGGCUAGGGACUUUCUUGCUAUCCCACUUAGCACCGUAUCAUCUGAAUCGGCUUUUAGUUGUGGCAAUAGGAUUCUAGGGGACACAAGAGGCUCGCUAAAGCCACAGAUGUUGGAGGCUUUAGUUAGUGCAAAAGAUUGGCUCACUAUAGUCCAAGAUAAAGAUAAGGAUAAGGACGAUGAAGGGAUCUUAAGUGAAGCUGUUGGGGUUGGUGUAGGGCAGAAUGUGCCACAUUUUCUAAGCAUGCUACAUGAAGAUUCUCUCCCUGGCUCACUCCAAGACUCACUUCCUAGUUGGUCACAACUACCACAAGCCUGAAGCUGGAAGCAAAUGUCAUAUUAUUUUCUCUUUUGUUAUGCUAGCGCAAGCCUGGACUUGGAAGCAAAUAUCAUUGCAUUGUGACUAUCCUGUGGCAGCCCGUAUGGUUGUAAAUGUAUGGCAGUUCUAUAGAAAUUACCAGAUUGUGAAUUAUCAUGUGGGAUCCUUUUUUCUGAUCAAGCUUAGAAACUAAGUGUAGACUGGACUUGAUGGCAUGUUUGCGUAAUCUGUAGUACAACUAUGAAAAAGCCUCAUUGUAGUUU